CGUUUUAUCAAUCGGGGAAACGCGCCCGAAAUGCUCGACGGAGGAGUGUUAUGUGUUCGCGCGAGGAAUACGACGUUCGCUCGCCGCUAGCAGGUAGAGUGAGAGAGAGCACUAAAAAGGGGCUCACCCCCCACAGGGCCGAGUCCGCGGGCCCCACGUGUGUGUGAGAACUCAAAUAAUAAAUCUCUUUUCGGCAGCAUGGAGGGUGGCGGUGGCAGUACGGCGAUGGAGAGCGGUUUUAUCAACAGCCAGCCGUCCAUGGCAGAAUUUAUGACAGCUCUGCCUCAUAUCAAUGAAACGUUCCACCGCGGCUCAUCAAUCACCAGCGGCAGCUCGGCGCAGAGCCUGUGCCCUCCCCCGGCCCAGCAGACGUCGAGCGCCGGCAUCGGCGGUGGAGUGUCUCCGGACUCCGCGGCUGCCGACAAUCCCAAGCACCCCAACGGCUACUCGGGGGUGGCCGUCCCGGAGUAUCCAUGGAUGAAGGAAAAGAAGACCACGAGGAAGCAACAGCAAGAGACAACAGACAAUGGUAUGCCUCGUCGACUGAGGACAGCUUACACAAAUACGCAACUCCUGGAACUUGAAAAGGAGUUUCACUUUAACAAAUACCUAUGUCGUCCCCGUAGGAUCGAAAUCGCUGCUUCUCUCGAUCUUACAGAGCGCCAAGUCAAAGUAUGGUUCCAAAACAGGCGUAUGAAACACAAGCGCCAAACUCUGGUUCCAAAAGGUGAGGAUGACAAAGAUGGACACGAUCGAAACUUGGAUAGUGGAAGCGAUAUAGCUACAGGUGGCGAUAGCAAUGAACCAGACUUGGACAGUGAUCAUGGAAUGCCAUCAAGAACACCUGAUAAUUCAAAUACAUCGAAAGAUAUCCUUAAUCUGGAUAGUGACGCUGGUGAAUCUUGUUGCGCACCAUCACCAGCUAAGUCGGACGCAAUUAGCACACAAGACAGUGAACAGCCAUUGACUGCCUUGAAAUCGCCUUCUGUUCUUUCCAGUGUUGUUGCAUGUCCAGCAAUGUCUCCUUCCACUUUAACUGUGGAGAGGAGAUCAACUCCCAACAAACAACAAUGCGAUAACAGCAGCCUAUCUGUUGAUGAGAAUCGUCUGCCACCUGUUGUUGCAAAUACCAUGAAUGUACCCAUGAGUCAUAGUACAGUUUGUGAUAGUAUUUCCCCACAGACUCCUGUAACCAGAGUACUUUGUGGAUACAAUACGAAUACUACAGAACCAGCUCCAGCUAAGUUGCCUACUCAGCGAACGCUGGAUUCGAGAGUUCCGCCUAACCCAGUUGUAUUUCCGACCACUACACUCACUAAACCAUCCAGUGUUCCUUAUUCCACAUUGUCUCAAGAAAACUGCACUAAUAAUCAGGUAACUCCGUCUCCCAAUCAACAAAGGCCCAGAAUGUACCCUGGGCCUUAUCCACCCGAUCCAGGUAUAGGUGUUUAUACUCCUACAGGUCCAGUGGCUACAUCACCACAUAAUGGACCGACAUUUUGCUAUCGUACACCUCCUCCACAGAAUCAUCACUCUCAACCAUUGCAAAAUCCCCCUGUAGAAAAUUCUUCUUAUAGUUCCCAUAUACAGCAGAGGUCUUAUAAAGGUCAACAUCAGAACAGUAUGCCUUUCUAUCCCAGCUCGGGAGGACAGUCGACUGUUCGACAGAAUUCGAAUCCUCAGCAUCUUCCAAAUCCAUGCAACACUCAUCCGAACAACGUAUAUAAUGUCCAGACACGCAAUCCUCAGCUUCCUCAGGAUCAAUCUAUGAUGGCUCAACAUCAACAUUAUCCUCAAAGGAAUUCUGUGCAGCAUAAUCAUCAAAACAGCUAUGUUUACAGCAAUGAGUCGAAUAGCUCGACUUAUAAUGUUUCUGAGUAUAGUCAAGCCAGAGGGUACGAAGCCUACCCUCAACAACAACAGACGCAGCAAAACAUUGCCAUGAGCAAUGAUUACAUGAACAGUGUGCCCAUGGGCAACCCAGUCCGAAACAGCAUUGGUGCCAAUGGGUACUGUUAUCCUGCGUAUAGAAACGAAGGUUACAGUGAUGGCACUGUUAUGAUGCCGCAGCAGCAGGAUAUGCAGGGAAUGUUUUAUGAUAUGAAUAGUGCAAACACGGAGGAAUCCAGCCACUCUUAUAUGUCUCAACAACCCAAAACGAACAUGUCACAAGAUUCUGGGUAUUACGAACUUCCUAAUUCAGUUCAAGAAGGUGCCACCAUUCCAGACUUCGUCGAACCUCAAGAGAGGUUCAGUAAUCAGACGGACGAUUUUAAUUAUAACUGUUUCAACGAAUCAGACUGCUAUUCAACGAAUACAAGCUGUAGCACAAACGAUUUUAAUUUUUUGAACAUAGCCAACGAUUACUGUAGUCCAGAAUAUUAUCAACUAAGCUGAUAAGUUUUUAAAAUUUUGUUUGGAAACGGCUAAAAACACCUGCAUGCCAGUUACGAUUCGAAAGGGCAUCGCUUUCGCUAUGAAGGAAUGGCUAUAUUUGCUUACAAUAAAUAUAAGCAUGCGUAUUUUAAAAGAUUUUAGAAAUUAUCAAUGAUGAAAAUUUAAAAGAAAAGAAUGAAAUUUUCCUUAUUCGAAUUUUGUGCUUAAAAGUGCAAAAGCAAGAGGCGUAAUCCUCUUAACUAGAGUCUGUAGAGGACCUAAAAAUCUAUUCGACAUGAAUACCUGUGCUAAGUCUGAGUGAAAUUGCGGCAUUAGGCUAGGAAGAGACAUCAAGCCAAUUUUGGGCUUGUGGCCUUACGUUACCAAAAAACCAAAACUUGCGUUACAAAAAGCACGCCUUUACUGAUACAAUAUGUCGUCAUUUGUUUAUAUUAUUUAACAGGAAAGAAUAUAGGAACUGUUUUUCAUGACCUGAAAUUUAUCUCUUGAUACCUAACCUAUUAUUUUGAAUAAAACGCGUUUAAAUUGUGCCAAAAAUAAAAUGUGAAUUGGGAAAAUAUGGCAUAGGAAACAAGAAUAUGUAUUAAAUAUUUCAUUGUUAACUAUGUUUUAUGAAGGAAAAAAUAUACAGCAUAACAUUGCACUCCUUCAGUUUUUGAAAUUAAAAAAAAAUAAAAAAAAUUAUUCAAUAUAAAAUAAAGUAUAUUUAUUUAUUUAAUACCAAAUGGGAAGUAAUGGUGCAAAAUGGCGGAAAAAAGUUUCUCUGUGCAAAUUUUGCUUCAUCUAUACUUUUACGGUUCGGAUAGAGAAUAUAUACACUCACAUAUUUGUUUUUAUUUGCGGGUUGUUUUUAGCCAAAUAUUGUAAAUUGUAACUCUUUGUAGUUUGUAAAUAAAUUGUUGGAAUUUGUACAGGAAAUUUAAACAAGAGCAGCAAGUAUUGCAAGGCUGCUUUCUCUGUUGUAAUUGUGCAAACCUGUAAAGAUAAAGAAAAAUG